CACGUCCACAGCCAACAAAACGCACUGAGUGCUAAAUUAUGAUAAUUCAAUCCGCAAACGACAGCUGCUGACGCCAGUUGCGGAAAUGCUCAAGUUGGGCGGGAAAAAAAUCAUUUAUUUUCAAUAAUAAAUUCACAAGGAAUGCGUACUAUUCGCAGGCAUAUCGACAAACACAAAUCUGCAAAACUUUAAUUGUGCCAGUAAAAAGCGACCAAAUGUUUGGCCCUGUUUUAGCCCUGGUACGUGAUGGAAAUGUUUUAAACUGGCUGGGUUUAUGCUUUUUCGAUGGGCGAUUUGUCGAGGAUGCAAUGGAUAUUUAGCUAUAUAAACCACUUCAAACUCAGCACAAGACAUCAAUCAGAAGUCUAACUUCGAAGCUAGCACAAGCAAAUCUAUCAAAAUGAUGAAAUUCUUUACCGUUGUCCUGUGCGCCCUGUUCGCCGCCGCCGCUGCCAAUCCUGGUCUGCUGGCCUACAACGCCCCCCUGGCCUACUCCACCCCCCUGGCUUACAGCUCCCUGCCCGCUGCCGCACCCCUCGCCUACACCGCCGCCUACACCUCUGCCUACGCCCCCUACGUGGCCCCCUAUGCCAGCAGCUACAGUGCCCACAGUGUGGCCCACAGCGCCGCCCUGCCCGCCGUUUAUGCCGCCGCCCCUGUGGCCACCAUUCUCAAGAAGUAAGAUGUCCCAGGAUGGCAAAGGGAUCCUGCAAGGCUGCCGCACGUGUCCACCGGACGCCGUCACUGCCACGGCGAAAGAUACAGAUACAAACAGAGAUGGAGAUACAUGCUCGCAGGCAAACAGAAAUUAAAACGCAAUGCAUCAGGCCCACGCACUGACCGACUGAGA